AUGUCAUCACUUCCACUAAUUUAUUUCUUCUUUCCCUCAUUUAUUGCAUUAGUGCUACGGGAUGACUUUCGCCAAAACCCUACAGAUGUUGUGGUGGCAGCUGGAGAGCCUGCCAUAUUGGAGUGCCAGCCACCUCGUGGACACCCUGAGCCUACCAUCUACUGGAAGAAAGAUAAAGUCCGUAUUGAUGACAGGGAAGAGCGAAUCAGUAUACGUGGUGGGAAGCUGAUGAUCUCUAAUACAAGAAAAAGUGAUGCCGGCAUGUACACCUGCGUUGGAACCAACAUGGUGGGGGAGCGAGACAGCGAUCCAGCAGAGCUGACUGUCUUUGAACGGCCCACGUUUCUCAGGCGACCGAUUAACCAAGUGGUGCUGGAGGAGGAGGCCGUGGAUUUCCGGUGCCAGGUGCAGGGGGAUCCCACACCCACAGUCCGGUGGAAGAAGGAUGAUGCAGACUUACCGAGAGGAAGGUAUGACAUCAAAGAUGACUACACCUUGCGCAUUAAGAAGGCCAUGAGCACAGAUGAAGGAACCUACACAUGCAUUGCUGAGAAUCGAGUUGGAAAAGUGGAAGCCUCUGCUACCCUCACUGUGCGAGCUCGCCCCGUUGCCCCCCCACAGUUUGUGGUGAGACCACGAGACCAGAUUGUAGCCCAGGGUCGAACAGUGACUUUUCCUUGUGAAACUAAAGGAAAUCCCCAGCCAGCUGUUUUCUGGCAAAAAGAAGGAAGUCAGAAUCUACUGUUCCCGAACCAGCCCCUCCAACCCAACAGCAGGUAUUCAGUGUCACCAACUGGAGACCUCACUAUUACCAACAUUCAGCGGUCUGAUGCAGGCUACUACAUUUGUCAAGCACUGACCGUUGCUGGAAGCAUUUUAGCAAAGGCUCAGCUGGAGGUUACUGAUGUCUUGACAGAUAGGCCUCCACCCAUCAUCCUCCAGGGGCCGGUCAAUCAGACACUGGCAGUGGAUGGGACAGCUUUGCUGAAGUGCAAGGCAACAGGGGACCCCCCUCCUGUCAUCAGCUGGUUAAAAGAAGGAUUCACCUUCCUGGGCAGAGACCCUCGAACAUCUAUACAGGAUCAGGGGACGCUUCAGAUUAAAACUCUGCGGCUGUCCGAUACUGGGACUUACACUUGUGUUGCUACAAGUUCCAGUGGGGAGACAUCUUGGAGUGCUGUGCUGGAGGUGACAGAAUCUGGUGGAGCAACAGUCAGUAAAAAUUAUGAUAUAAAUGACCUCCCUGGGCCACCAUCUAAACCUCAGGUCACUGAUGUUACUAAGAACAGUGUCACUCUGUCCUGGCAACCAGGGACCCCUGGAAGCCUACCAGCCAGUGCAUAUAUCAUUGAGGCUUUUAGUCAAUCCGUGAGCAAUAGUUGGCAAACAGUGGCUAACCAUGUGAAGACCACUCUCUACACUGUGAGAGUACUGCGCCCCAAUACAAUCUACCUGUUUAUGGUGAGAGCUAUCAAUUCACAAGGUCUGAGUGAUCCCAGCCCUAUGUCAGAUCCUGUCCGAACACAAGAUAUCAGCCCACCAGCACAAGGUGUGGAUCACAGGCAAGUCCAGAAAGAACUGGGAGACGUCAUUGUACGACUGCAUAAUCCUGUUGUGCUGACACCCACAACUGUUCAAGUCACCUGGACGGUUGACCGCCAAUCCCAGUUUAUUCAGGGUUACCGAGUAAUGUAUCGCCAAACGUCUGGCCUACCUUCUCCAGCUGUAUGGCAGAAUUUGGAGGUCAAAGUCCCAACGGAGCGCAGUGCUGUCCUCGUCAGCUUGAAAAAGGGAGUCACUUACGAAAUUAAAGUUCGACCUUAUUUCAAUGAAUUCCAAGGAAUGGACAGUGAAUCAAAGUCUGCUCGUACCACAGAGGAAGCUCCAAGUGCCCCUCCUCAGUCCGUUACUGUCCUGACAGUUGGAAACCACAACAGCACAAGCAUCAGCAUCUCCUGGGAUCCUCCUCCUCCAGAUCACCAAAAUGGAGUCAUCCAGGAGUAUAAGAUCUGGUGCCUAGGUAAUGAGACUCGAUUUCAUAUCAACAAAACAGUAGAUGCAGCCAUUCGGUCUGUAGUAAUAGGUGGCCUAUAUCCAGGUAUUCAGUACCGCGUGGAAGUUGCUGCAAGCACCAGUGCAGGUGUGGGAGUAAAAAGUGAGCCACAACCCAUAAUAAUUGGAGGUCGUAAUGAAGUUGUCAUCACUGAAAAUAACAACAGCAUAACUGAGCAAAUCACUGAUGUCGUCAAACAGCCUGCCUUUAUAGCUGGCAUCGGUGGUGCAUGUUGGGUCAUUCUGAUGGGUUUCAGCAUCUGGCUGUACUGGCGCAGAAAGAAGAGGAAGGGGCUCAGCAAUUAUGCUGUCACUUUCCAAAGAGGAGAUGGAGGACUAAUGAGCAAUGGAAGUCGACCAGGUCUGUUGAAUGCAAGUGACCCCAGUUAUCCUUGGCUUGCAGACUCUUGGCCUGCCACAAGUCUGCCAGUAAACAACAGCACUAGUGGACCCAAUGAUCUUGGCAAUUUUGGCCGUGGAGAUGUGCUGCCACCAGUGCCAGGACAAGGAGAUAAAACAGCUACUAUGCUUUCCGAUGGAGCCAUUUACAGCAGCAUUGACUUCACCACAAAAACUAGUUACAACAGUUCCAGCCAAAUAACGCAAGCCACGCCAUAUGCCACCACCCAGAUACUGCAUUCCAACAGCAUCCAUGAGUUGGCUGUCGACUUACCUGAUCCCCAAUGGAAAAGCUCAAUUCAGCAAAAAAAUGACCUGAUGGGAUUCGGUUACUCUCUCCCAGACCAAGGCAAAGGCAACAAUGGUGGCAAAGGAGGGAAAAAGAAGAAAAAUAAAAAUACUGCCAAGCCCCAGAAAAAUAAUGGUUCAAACUGGGCCAGUGUUCCCCUCCCCCCGCCUCCCGUGCAGCCGCUUCCAGGCACAGAGCUGGAACACUAUGGGGUGGAUCAGCAAGAAGCAGGAUACGACAGUGAUGGUUGGUGUCCGCCUUUGCCAGUUCAGACCUACCUACAUCAGGGCAUGGAGGAUGAGCUUGAAGAAGACGAUGACCGUGUUCCUACACCUCCUGUCCGAGGAGUAGCUUCGUCGCCUGCGAUCUCCUUUGGGCAACAGUCAACUGCAACCCUCACACCUUCUCCACGAGAGGAGAUGCAGCCAAUGCUUCAAGCCCACCUUGAUGAAUUAACAAGGGCUUACCAGUUUGAUAUAGCAAAGCAGACAUGGCACAUCCAAAGCAAUACACAACCUCCUCAGGCUCCAGUUCCACCCCUAGGAUAUGUAUCUGGAAACCUUAUUUCAGAUUUGGAAACAGAUGUUCCAGAUGAUGAUGAUGAUGAGGAUGAUAUUGAAGAAGAAACUGUAGAAAUCAGUAGGCCGCUAAGAGGUCUAGAACAUACUCCAGGCUCCAGUAUGGACAAUCUAGACAGCUCUGUGACAGGUUCAAUGGUAAAUGGAUGGGGUUCUGCGUCUGAUGAGGACCGUAACUUUUCUAGUCAUAGAUCUAGUGUAGGUAGCUCCUCAGAUGACUCGAUCUUUACCAGCGGCAGUUUUGCACAAGCACUGGUUGCAGCAGCAGAUAAAGCUGGUUUUAGGCUGGAUGGAACCAGCCUGACAAGAACAGGCAAAGCAUACCCUUCCUCUCAGAGACCUCGGCCGAGCAGUCCUUUUUCUACUGACAGCAACACCAGUGCAGCUGUCAAUCAGAGUCAGAGGCCGAGGCCCACUAAAAAACACAAGGGAGGACGGUUGGACCAACCCCCCUUGCCUCAUCGUAGGGAGGGAAUAACAGACG